GCGGCCACCUCCCUCCGAUCGGCCCGGCCGGACUGACCCGAUCCGAGCCACGCGGCCCGCUCCGGCCCGGCCAUGAGCGCGGCCGCAUGAUGCGUCCCUGCCUUGGCCGCUGCAGUCGCCCCCGCCGCCGCCGCAGGCCAGGAGGAGCCGUAGCGCCGGGUGACCCCGCCUGGGCCUCGGAUCCUAUCACAUAGGACAGUAUGUACCUUCAGAUCCUGAAGAAAAGGCGCAAAAUGUCCAAGUAAUGUUUCAAAAUAAUUUGUGAGGGUGCAUCGGGAAAAUCAUGCCGUCAUCAGGACACCGGCUCCGGGAUGUCGAACACCAUCCUCUCCUGACCGAAAAUGACAAUUAUGACUCUUCGUCGUCCUCUUCCUCCGAGGCUGACGUGGCAGACAGGGUCUGGUUCAUCCACGACGGCUGCGGCAUGAUCUGCGCUGUCAUGACGUGGCUUCUGGUCGUCUAUGCAGACUUUGUAGUGACGUUUGUCAUGCUGCUGCCUUCCAAAGACUUCUGGUACUCUGUGGUCAACGGAGUCAUUUUUAACUGCUUAGCGGUGCUUGCCCUGUCAUCUCACCUGAGAACCAUGCUCACCGACCCCGGGGCAGUACCCAAAGGAAACGCUACUAAAGAGUACAUGGAGAGUUUGCAGCUGAAGCCUGGAGAAGUGAUCUACAAGUGCCCAAAGUGCUGCUGUAUCAAGCCUGAGCGCGCCCACCACUGCAGUAUUUGCAAAAGAUGUAUUCGGAAAAUGGAUCAUCACUGUCCGUGGGUGAACAAUUGUGUAGGAGAAAAGAAUCAGAGAUUUUUUGUGCUCUUCACUAUGUACAUAGCUCUCUCCUCAGUCCAUGCUCUGAUUCUCUGUGGGCUCCAGUUCAUUUCCUGUGUCCGGGGCCAGUGGACAGAGUGCAGUGAUUUUUCCCCUCCGAUCACUGUAAUCCUGUUGAUCUUCCUGUGCCUUGAGGGUCUCCUGUUCUUCACUUUCACUGCGGUUAUGUUUGGCACCCAGAUCCACUCGAUAUGCAAUGAUGAAACGGAGAUUGAGAGAUUGAAAAGCGAGAAGCCGACCUGGGAGCGGAGGCUCCGAUGGGAAGGGAUGAAAUCUGUCUUUGGGGGACCGCCCUCACUCCUCUGGAUGAAUCCCUUUGUUGGCUUUCGAUUUCGGCAACUGCAAAUGAGACCCAGAAAAGGAGGCCCAGAGUUCUCCGUGUGAGGCCUCUGUCAUCUGCUGGAACAUGUUAAUGGACUUAAAUUAUUUAUUUGGGGUCUGAAAGGGUAUCAACAGCUCAUCUGUGACCAAUAGGGCAAAUGGAACCUACACAGACCGAUUGCUUGCAGCAAGCAGAAUUUUAUAUAUUUACAGUCACCGAUGGCAGGUUUCCAAACUAGUACCGGAUGAUGCUCUUCAGUUCCACCUAUACCACCAACGCAAGGGAUGUGGCCACGCAAGGAAGCCAAAUGGCGUUAUCUUCCCGCACAGCUAGGAUUUCUGUUGAGUACUUUGCAUUUUCUAAGAAGCUGUGUGAUAUGACAUGGGUUAUUAAAAUCCCGUGUGCUGCGCUGCUUUCAAUCAUGAAGAAAAGUCAAUCCAGUGAGUAGAAUUCUCCGCGUGGUUCCAGGAAGUUCCUGUUGACCCUGUGAUUCAUUAGUGCACUCCCUUGACCAAGAAGGGGCGUUUACAUAGAAGUCCAUUUUGGUCUCCAUUAGCUCUGACACUUUGCACUGAAUUUGCAAAAGAUCUGUGCAUUGAACAGCAAAGGCGGCUUCAGGUACACUUCCACUGCCCCGGGGGCCUCUCUGACCCUGCAGCAAGUCUGUGUGUGUCUGUGUGCGCGCGUGUGCAUGUGUGUUAGACUUGACAGUGUCGUUCAGGCGAUGUAACAUUUAAUGGCCGUGUGCAGCAAACAAGCUAUUUUUUAGAAACCGACGUUUCAGGGAAGCGGGGAGAGCUGCCCCGGGACCCUCCUCCCAUGGGGUUCACUAUGAAUGUAUUGCAAACUGGAGAGUAUCUCGAUCCAAAGAACAAUCAUUCCUGUGUGGUCCUUGUUGCCCUCCUGUUUUCAUUUUACCUUAAAACUGAGCGCAUGAGGGCCGUGGGCCGACGUGUUCCAGCCGAAUCAGCAGCGCGUCAGCAGCGCCUCAGUGAAGAGCAGAGGCGCCGUCACCCUGAGCCGGUCGGUGUGUGGGAGGAGGGCAGGCACAGCAACAGGGACACACUGAGGGGGCAGGUGUUGGCCUCUGGGCAUCACGGAGGUGAGGGGACCUCGAGGCCCCGAGCCCUGGCUCUGCCCCUCACAUGCAAAGAAUAUUCAGGAUGGCAACAGCUUGUUUUUUUGUUCUUUUAAUUUUAUCAUUUUUGUUUCUCUACCCACGUCACCAGUGAUCAAAUAGGACCCUUGGUGCAGAGGUUAAAUUAUGCCGGAAAGCAAACAGCUCCCCUCCUUGGGGACUCGCCUUAAACUUGCCUGGUCUGUACCUGCUUCGCGGCCUCACGAGGAAGCCCUCUGGGCAGCCCGAGCGUCUCCUUGACGCCUGCCUCCCACGCUGAGGAAGUUGGUCUUUCCCUCCUGGUCUUUGCCUUUCUGUUCAUCUGUGAACCGUUUGUUUUUGUUUCCGAUUAAUCCGUCCCCUAUCCUAAUCAGGGCUUCUACCACUGCUGAUGCAAAACCACAAAGGGACCUGCUCAGGACAACGGCAGCCAGUGAGCAGAGCUGCAGGGCACUUUCGCGACUGCGUCACACAGAAAUGGGUGGUCCAGGAGGGUCUCCGGAGAUCGUUUUGCAUAUUCAUUUGCACAUCUGUUGUCUGGGUUGGACAUGUGUAUUGGGCUUCAGAGUGAGCCUUUUAAUAUGUAUAUCCUGUUUAUCAAUAAAAAAAAUUAUCGAAGUGGUUGAAUCCUGUGAGACUCGGCAAGUAUGUGCAAAUCAAGUAUACUUGACUUUUCAACCU